GCAGGAGGAAGGACAGCAGCAGCGCGAGCUAGCGCAGCGGCAGCAGCGAGGACAGCAGCAGCAGCACGGCGGCCAUCGCCGCCUCAGCAGCAGCAGGGCAGGUACCAGGAGGCGAGGAUCUCUUCUUCCCUCCACGGUCCUGUUCCCCUCCUCCUCACCUCCGUCUUCUCUCUCUCUCUCUCUUUCUCUCUCUCUCUCUCUCUCCCUCUUCAGACUCCAUCUUCUUCUCCUUCUUCUUCUUCUUCUUCUUCUUCAGAUUGGAGAUUUAAUACUAGCUGGACAGAGAUCAGUGUUGGACUUCGAUGGUAUUUACAGAUACCGUAGCUGCCGCCAAGGCUCAGCAGGAGGCAGCAGAGGCAGAACGUCAGCGGUUGGCCAAUGAGGCGGCAGCCCACGCUCAGCAGACUGCUGAGGCUGACGCAGCGGCACGAGACCAACGGAAUGCCACCAGUACGGAGUCCCUGAUUCAUAGUGAAAGUCAGUGGACAACGUUCCUCCAAGGCAUGAUCUUUGUGCCUUCAGACGCCCAGGCAGAUCCGACACCGGCGGAGGCAGAGAGGACACACCUGGCUAACUUGAUGCUGGGCAUGAUGAGAGGCAUCCUGUGGAAUAACACACUGCUGCAGGCACAUCUGCGCACGGAACGACAGCAGCGACAAAAGUACCAGCAAAACGUUGAUGUUUUAACAACUGCCAUCCGCGCCGAAGCAACGCAGAAGCAGCAACAACAUCGGUUGUUGAACUCCGCUCUCGCACGCAUCAACAGCAUUGAGGCUAACGCCUCAGCAGCGCCAGGUUGCACGACAGACGCGAUGAAGCAACUCAAUGAGCGCAUCGAUCACGUCGUCACCAUCAUCGGCGACAUAGGUGUUUUCAAUGGGCCGGAAACGAUCCGUAGCACGGUGGCCGCCAUCAAGACGGACAUCACCAAGCUGCAGACGAGACCGGACGCCGCUACAAAGACUUACAAGAUGCCGCACUUCGACAUCAGCAAGUUCGACGGCAACAACAAGUCGGACGCCUUGACGUGGUGGCAACGUUUCCUCACGGAAGCAUCAUGCCGCACUGUCCCGGCAUACGACAUGAUGAAGGCACUCUACUUGCAACUAAUUGGAGGAGCGCAGACUUGGAUGAACCAUCUGGCGGCUACCAACAAAUGCACCAUCGCCGACCUCCACACGCACAUCACGUGGAAUGAGUUCGAGAAGCUAUGGUUCACCCGGUUCAUGGUCCGCAACGUCGUGAAGGCGGCCAUGAACGAGGUGUACACCUGCUCUCAAGGAAAUAUACCAACUCGAGACUGGACAACCAAGUGGCAGAAGAUAGUGACCACACCAGGAUUCGAUUUGAGCUUUCCAAAUCAACGAUCCGAGUUCUUCUCGCGAUCGUGCGCGGGACUGCGGUCGGCACUCAGCAACGAGUACGACUAUGACACGUUCCAGGCCAUUCUGGAUCGUGCGAACUUAGUCAUCCAAAUGGAUGACAAGGCCGCAAACGAACGGCAGUCCCAACCGCAUUAUGUGGCUAAGCAGGGCUAUCAACGUCAGGCACAUAAUAAUGUCGUGAAUUCUGAAGAAACAGACGACCUCCACGCUGCAGCAGCAACCUCGAGUGAUGGAGGAAUUGUAGCAGCGCUCCCGCCGAAGCGUCCCAAGAGAGUUCGGAAGAACAAGGCGACACAAGAGACAGCAUCGACGGGAACUGGGCAGCAGCCAUGGACGGCUUACAAGAUAACCAAGGAUGUCUAUGACCUUCGUCAAAAGUACGGAUACUGCCUCUGGUGCAACGGCGUCACUCAUGUGACCGCACAAUGCCCCGAAAAGGGCAAGGCACGCGUACCCCGUGACAUGAACUCUUAGUGCUCUUAUGGUAACUUGUUGGAAGUUAUAAGCUGCGCUACCUGGUUUACUACUCUCUGGUAUUCAGUGUGUGAUUUCGUGUCAUUCCACUUGUGUUUGAUGCAUGUAUAUGUGUGCACUCAUUAGUGAUGAACUGUGCGGUUCAUAGCAGAAGGUGCAGUGCUGGAGUACUCAAGUACGAGUGCAACUAGUCCACCUACUGCUUGGAUUACCUCCAAAAAAGAGAACACACCCUUAAGCGAGUUGCUCAUAGAACCUCGAGUUGCUCAUAGAACCCUCUCUUCUUCUUCUUCUUCUUCUUCUUCUUCUUCUUCUUCUUGUUCUUCUUGCUGUAACAAACCCAACUACAGAAG